CAUGAGGAAGGGUGAAGUGUGAGUGUGUGCUUCUCAUUCAUUGAGUGUAGGGCAGCCUCACCUUACCCUGCUCUUGGCUGCACUUCGUAUAUAAACUUUUCAGGAAAGGUGGAUCUAAAGGAAAGGUCGUGGAUCUAAAGCUGGGGUCGUAUUUUGGAUCAAAGGGCUUUCCCGGACUGACCCUAUGGCUGGAUUAUUAGCCCUGCUGGGGCUCUCCCUAUCUGCCCCUGUGCUGCUGUUGGCAGAAACGCUAGUGGAUGGAUGUGGACACGUGAUCAUGUAUGAAGAAAGUGGAACGUUGACAUCUAAGAACUACCCUGGCACAUACCCGAACCAUACGCUUUGUGAAAUAACAAUCAAAGUGGCAACUGGUAAAAGCCUAUAUGUGAAACUGGCUGAUCUAGACAUAGAGUCUCGGGAUUGUGAAUCUGCGUACCUCAAGAUCUACAAGGGAUCCUCUUCUACAGAAUAUGCAAGCUACUGUGAUGAUUUCAGUAAUGCACCCAUGGAAGUUUUCUUGGAUACAAAUGUAGCAACCAUACGUUUUGAGAGUGGCCUUCACGUGUCCGGACGUGGAUUUUUGCUAAACUAUGCCAGCAGCGAUCAUCCAGAUCUAAUCAGCUGCUUGGCUCGAGCAAACCAUUAUGAAGAGACUAAAUUCAGUAGGUACUGUCCAGCUGGCUGCCGAGAUGUUGCAGGAGACAUAUCUGGAGAUGUGAUAGAUGGAUACAGAGAUACCUCCCUGCUUUGCAAAGCUGCCAUUCAUGCCGGAGUCAUUGCAGAUGAGCUAGGUGGACAGAUCCAACUCACACAGCGCAAGGGCGCAAGUCGAUAUAGAGGAGUUCUGGCUAACGGGAUUUUGUCUAAAGAUGGCUCGCUUUCAGAUCGCCAGUUUGAGUUUAACAGUCUCGACUGCAGGACCUCAUUGAUGGCUGGUCCAAGAGCUGAUAUGUUUUCAGCCACCUCUUCUUGGGAGUGGAUGAGUAACACUGGAGAGAUGAUCUACUGGUCACCCGAGAGAGCACAGCUGAAUAGUCCAGGCGUAUCUUGGGCAUCUAGUCACCAGGCGGAGCGGGAGUGGUUGGAAAUAGAUUUGGGGGAGAAAAAGAAAAUAACCGGUAUUGUGACUACAGGAUCCACAUUACCAAACUUUAACUUUUACGUCAAAUCUUAUGUCAUCAGCUUUAGGAAAGAUGGGCCAAAAUGGAGACUAUAUAAAGGAGUCAUCAGCAGCGAAGAAAAGCUGUUGGCAGGUAAUUCAAACAAUAUGGGUCAAACACGGAACAACUUCAUCCCUCCGAUUGUGGCACGAUACCUUCGAAUUGUACCACAGACAUGGCACCAGCGGAUUGCCCUGAAGGUCGAGCUAGUAGGAUGCUCCUUAGCACAGAAUCAUAAUUCAUCCACACACCCCAUGUGGAAAAAGACAAAUCUCCGAAAUGCUAAAACCCCCACGACGGAAGAGAAGACCUUCACUGAGCCGAUACCGUCUGAAGAGACGAACUUUGGGUGGAUUAUCGUUGUGGUCGUCGUCUCGCUUGCUCUGGUCCUGUUUUUAGUGCUAGUUGGCAUUUGCAUUUGCCUGUCACGAAGGAACAGGACAAAAACAGAUGUAUACAAAGCGACUGAUGAACAGAAAAGUGGCUGCUGGAAGCAACUUGAACAGCCGUUUGUGAGACAGAAUUCCACCGAAUUCACCAUCAGCUACAGUAACAACGAUAAUGACAAGGAUGAGCUACCAAAGUUUGAUCUUGGCAAGUGCGACAUGGAAGACUAUGACCAGUCCAAUAUGAUAGGCACUGGCUUGGUGACGAGAAAAGGAUCCACCUUCAAGCCUAUGGACACAGAUGUUAAAGAGUCUCUUGAUGGGCAGGAGAUUGAAAACCACUAUGAUUGCCCACACAGUCGCAACAGACCUGAGUAUGCUCUUCCCCUUAAUUAUCCUGAGCCGGAAUAUGCCACUCCUAUAAUAGACCGCCACAUAACACGAGAAAACAUGUUCGUACCCGUGUCCGGCUACAGCGUCCCUGUGGUAUCACUAAACCGCCAACAAUCCUUCUCGGUCGCCAGCUUCUCCAUCUCCACAAGCCCAGAGAACAGUGGUGGAGAGUACCAGACACCGCACUGUAUAAACUUCGACGAGAGCGAAUAUGAUAAACCAAAGGUCUACAGGGGAUGGGGUACAUUGGAGAAUGGCGAUUAUCAAAAACCACCGCUCUGCUCAAUGGUGGCAGAUGGUUAUUCAUCUCCAAGAGACUGUCUAAAACCCAUCAGUCAGACUGCAAUAACAUCUCUAUUGUGACCCCAUGAAGAGCUAACUAAUGUUACUGCACAGCUGCUUUAAAAA